AAAUCAUACUGAAAUGUAAAAUAUAUUUUUAUAUCAGAGGGGUAUAAUCUUGAGCUUGUGAUUUUAUAAUUACUUACACCAGUCGCGAAUUUGUAGCAAUUAUGAUACGUGAUUUCACGCUGAUACGAGUACUCUAGCAAUUGGCCUGUUGGCGGUAUUUUUGCUUCAUCCGUGGUUAAAGUGCUAGGUAACAUCAUGCACCUGGGAUUUUUUGUUUUUUUCAUGGGUGUUGCUCCGGUCUAUCUAAAGAAAGAGGAUCGUGAUCCACAGGAACUUUAUGAAAACUCCAAUAGUAGAUGUCCAAGCAAUAAGAUUUUACUGGAUACAUUAAGAUACUUAAAAGAAAAUUUAAUUGAUGAUACAAGUUUGACUUUAAGUCCAGAUAAUUUCAAAGAAGUAUUAGACAGUACGAUUCAAUAUUUAAACUCAACUUAUGGAAGUGAUGAAAUCACCGGUAACCAUACAUCGCAUUUGAAGACAAUAAUUGAAAACUUCAAUCACAGAGAGAAGAAAGAGGUGCUCAGAAGUGAUUCACAUUUUGGAAUUCUACCAGAAACACUAAAGGGAAGUAUAGGCCUACAAUUUCAAUUGCCAACAAUAAAUCAUCCCGACUGUGAAACACUUUUCAAAGCAAUUGUUAAUGCCAUUAAUACUGCUUACCUACAAAUGAAUAGCUUUUGUCUAAAAUCCGGUAAAUGCAAUGUACAAAGUAAUAAUAUUUUGCAUCAUGGAAAUGCACCUUGGCGAGGUCCACAUAUUUUGUCGCAGAUAAAUAAUUUACCGUCCUCGAAUCAAUUAACCAACCAAUCUAAUAUAAUUGAUAUCUUAGGAUCGUAUCCACAAAACGGUGAUGUAAUAAACUUACUCCAAAAUUAUAAGCCGAAUACCGAAUAUGCCUUCAAAAGCCUGCCGUUUUGGCCAGAAGUUAAAAAUAAUAUCCCCAGUGUUCUACCGCCUUCAGCGCAAGGUAAUUUAUUUCAACAGGUUCAAGAUGAUAAAGUGAACAAUGGCAACCAAAACCCAGAUCCCUUGACUAUACUUCAGAGUUUUAGGCCGAAGUACAUUGACAUGAUUAAAAAUCAUGGAUUACCGAUUCCUCAAGAUAAAAACAAUUUAUGGAAUAUUCUUCAACAUUUAAGACCAAACACGUCUGUAUCUGUAAAUAAAAAUUUGCCUCAUUCUGGACACCUAGUUUCAACAGUAAAUAAUGGAGAUAUUACGGGGAAUUGGAAUGACUUAACGAGAGGUCAGGGCUUAGUAGAGGCUAUGACGGUUUUAAAUCAACCUACAGGAUAUAUGAGUAUACCAGGCCCUCAAGACGUAAUGAACCAUCCGAAUGGUAUCUUUAAAACUCAAAAUCACACUUUACUAGAAAACAACUACACUGCACCGACUCCUUUGUUUACAUCCCAGUUCAAUAUGAAACCCGUUUACAAUAAUGGAGAUGCGACACAAGUGAAUAAGAAUAUUGCGGAUCAGACAGGCAAUAUACCAUGGGACAACGACUUACGCCUUAAUGCAAACUUUCCAAUUUUUUUAGACAAUGACGUCAACAGGAAUAUACCUACACCGCAGUCGGGCUUUAAUGUUCAUUAUAUUGAUCAAAAUGUGGGUGUACGGCCUAGUUAUGAAAGUAAUGGUUUUAAUAUGAAGCCUCCGAUGAAUAUUCAAACUGUAAAGUAUACUUAUGACCAAGGGCAACCGCAAGUGAGUCAAAAUGGAGGACAAUAUUUGAAUCAGAACUACUUUAACCGAAUAAAACAAUACUAUCCAACUGCACCUCUCAACCCUAAUCUGAAACUUCAAACUUCAAAUACGUUUAUAGAAAAACAAAUUUCUAAUCCGCAAUUUUCAAAUUGGCAUCAAAAUCAGGAAAUAUUACAAAAUCCUUUUCAGUAUCGCGGCAUGACAAAUUUACCGAAUAAUAUCUUAAAUGUAAAUCAAUUUCCACAUUAUCAAACAGGAGCUCAAAUAACAGAUUACACACUUGCAAAUCCUAAUAUUUCUAAAGAGUUGAUCGAUUUGUAUCGCCCAGCUAUGACGAAUGGGGCUAAAUUGAACAUCGCACCUAAUAAAAAUGGUAUAGUUGAGCUAACGUUUGCGUUACAACGUCCACAAUCGUUUGUUUAUAAGCCUCUGUACUAUGUCAAGUAUAGACUUCCGUAUCAAACGUAUAAGUAUAACGUCCAAAACAUUCUUCAAAAAAGACCAUUCUUACGUAACAGCCCGACCGAAUUAUAUGGAGAGUUAAUUGAAGUUGCUAAUAUCAGUGAAUCAUCGCAAGAUCUAAAACAUUUAGCAAAAGAGGAAAUAUCUAAACUUGUUGUUACUAACGGUGCGUUAGUGAAAGCUAAGAUGAUAGAUGAAUUGGGAGACAAGAAAGCAACGAUAGAAAAUGAUAUAAAAAGCGUACUACGUACAGCUUCGAAUUUAAAUCCGGAAGAAAUGCUAAACGCUACAAAAAGGGCUUUAAAUCAAGUGGAAGAAGUAAUAAAUACUACAGUUUCAAAUACAAAUACACUCAACGAAGAAACCUCCGAGUUACCGGUUAAAGUUUUAAAUACCAGGUCUAUAGAAUACCCAUUUUCCAAUCCACAUUUCUCUAGCUCUAAUUAUUUAGGAGUCGGACCAUUUAUUACGAAAAAUAAUGUAGUACCGCCAAAAUCUAUUAACUAGAACUCGCAUUUUUACAUAAGAAUGUGUGUACGAUUUAAUUAAAAAUUAAAAUUAUAUUUUAAAAGUGUUA